UAAAGUUUGUGAAUGUGAAGAAGGAAUAAAUUUUUCUAUAAAAGAAGGGGGAAUAGAUGUGAUGAAGGAUCGUGCAGGAAGAACAGGAGGUGAAUUUGUACAGAGUUUAAUAAAAGCGGACACGAGUUCAUUAAGUAGAUUGAUAGACCAAGAGCAUCU